GACGAGAAGAACCAAGUGCUAACGACGAACGUUUGGAGCAAAUAUAGAUGGAAUGACCUGCUGUUGAGAUGGGACCCAAAGGACUUCGGGGGCAUUGAACUGGUCAGGGUCCCAAGCUCAAAGAUAUGGACGCCAGACAUUGUCCUUUAUAAC